AUGGGCUACGACAACGAUGCCUUCUUUGCCCGAGCGGACAAGUAUAUCCUGAAUACCGUCGCACCAUGGGCACCGACGGUCAUCACACGGACCAAAGGUAUCUUUAUCUAUGACGCCGAUGGCAAGGAGAUCAUCGACUUCACCUCUGGCCAGAUGAGCGCGAGCUUAGGCCAUUGCCACCCAGAGAUUGCGCAGGUGGUGAGUAAGAGUAUCACGGAGCUCGACCACCUCAACAGCACGAUCCUGUCGCCGCCCGUGGUCGACCUCGCCGAGGAGAUAGCUCAGUUACUCCCGGCGCCGCUGGAAAAGACCUUCUUCAUCUCGACAGGCUCGGAGUCGGUCGAGGCCGCUAUCAACCUCGCCAAGGCAGCCACCGGCAAGUUCGAGAUCGUGGCCUUCUCUGCGAGCUAUCACGGCGUCACCGGUGGCGUCUCCGCGGCUACAUACAGCGUCGGGCGCAAGCAUGGCAAACCCGUCGUUCCGGGCCACCUCGCAUUUCCCGCACCCAACGCCUAUAGAUCUGUGUUCCGCACGCCCGACGGGAGUUACGACUGGGAGACCGAGAUGGACUAUGCAUGGGGCCUGAUCGACGCGGCGUCGGUGGGCUCCCUGGCCGGGUUCGUCAUCGAGCCGAUUCUCUCGUGCGGCGGCAUCCUGGAGCCGCCCCUAGGGUACUUCAAGCGACUCUACGCUGAGUGUCACAAGCGCGGAAUGCUCCUCAUCGACGACGAGGCGCAGACCGGCGUGGGCCGCACGGGGGACAUGUUCGCGUUCGAGCGCGACGGCUUUGUCCCAGAUAUCUUAGCCCUGUCGAAGUCGCUAGGCUGCGGCAUCGCGCUGUCGUCGGUGAGCACGAGCGCCGAGAUCGCGAAAAAGGCUCUAGACAAAGGAUUCUACUUUGGGACCACGCACGUCAACGACCCGCUCCCCUGUGCGGUCGGCUGCAAGGUCCUCGAGGUCGUCAAGCGAGACGGUCUGGUUCAAAAGGCCAAGGAGCGUGGCCUCCAAUUGACUCGGGGGCUCCUCCAGCUCAAGGAGAAGCACUGGUGCGUGGGCGAUGUCCGUGGCCGCGGCUUGCUCCAGGGCAUCGAAAUCAUCGGCGACCCUGUGACCAAAGUCCAGAGUAGCGAGCUGGGCGCCAUGAUAGCAGCCAGGGGCCUGGAGCUGGGCAUUUCCUGCCAGAUCCUCGCUGUCCCGGGGGCGUUUGGCGUCUUCAGGAUCGCGCCGCCGCUGAUCGUCUCGGCCGAGGAGAUUGACCGGGCCUUGUCCAUCUUGGACCAGUCCAUGGCAUUUGCUCUCUCCCAGGAGCCGUAUCGAAACGUCGUUGUCAAGGAGCGCGCAGUCAACGGCACCGCAGUCAGUGAGAGCGCUGUCAAGGGCCCUACGGUCAACAUUACUGCGGUCAAUGGCGCUGGCAUCAAAGCUCACUAG